AUGGCCGUGACACCUCUCUUGUUUAAAGCUACCACAUCAGCGUCCCCGUUUCCAGCUUCGGUUGCCGCCGCCGCUCUCCCAUUACCUCCGGUCUCGUUGCUCAAUCAGCCUCCACCGUUGCUCAAGAACAUGCUCAUCAACACGGCCGAGGCCAGCUAUCUCGCCGGCGCCGGCGCCAUUUGCCUGCGUCCGGAACCGCCGGCGAGGCUCGCGCAGCGGAGGCUGCCGCCUGCAGGCUCAUCUUCCACGGCGAGGGCUGCGUCCAAUGGCCUCAGAACGCACUGCAUGAAGACCUGGAACCCGUUCACCAACAGGAGGUACGAGGCGCUGUCGUACCUGCCGCCGCUGACGGCGGAGUCCGUCGCCAAGGAGGUGGACUUCAUCCUGGCCAAAGGGUGGGUCCCCUGCCUCGAGUUCGACAAGGCCGGGGAGAUCCACCGGAGCAACAGCCGGAUGCCGGGGUACUACGACGGCCGGUACUGGACGCUGUGGAAGCUGCCCAUGUUCGGGUGCGCCGGCGCGGCGGAGGUGCGCCGGGAGCUGGACGAGUGCCGGCGAGAGUACCCGGACGCCUACAUCCGCCUCAUCGCCUUCGACAGCUCGCGACAGUGCCAGUGCAUGUCCUUCGUCGUCCACAAACCCGCCCAUGCUCCUCCGGCGGCGGCGUCACCGGCGGCUUCAAACUGA